CCAUUUGUAUAACGUGACAUUUAGAAGUUCUACAUCUACUAGACCUAAGUUCUACAUCUACUAGACCUAAGUUCUACAUCUACUAGUCCUAACUUAUACAUUUACUAGACCUAAGUUCUACAUCUACUACACCUAAGUUCUACAUCUACUAGUCCUAACUUAUACAUCUAUUAGACCUAUAUCAUUUAGAUUCGUCUUUAUCCAGACACAGUUAAAACAAAUUAUUACACCUCGUUUUAUUUAUAUGAUUAUAAUAAUACUUAAUUAUGUGAAGAACUGUGGGAUUAGUAUUUAUUACUUUCUGACGGCAGUAAAAUGAUAAAUUUUCUUUUGCAUAUUAUAAUUAUGGUCGAUGUCAAUAAAGUAAAACAGUUUUAGAUUUAACACUUUAAAAACAGAGAAAGAGAAAAUUAUCAUUAUGAUUAUAACAAAUAAUGAUAAUUUAUAUUUAAUUCCAUUUCAAGUCUGUCUGAAUGGUUACUGGGAUUUCAUAUCAAAGCAAAUGGGAACAUAGUCCAACCUGAGUUGUCGCAGCCUAUCAAUACAACUACAUUACAUCAAGCACUUGCAGGAUCGAAGUAUCGCGUGGCACGAAACACUGAACAAUACAUCUCCAAAGAGUUCUUCACUUCUCUGUUCAUAAAGUCUUGGAUCCAUCCUGAAGAUAUGCACAAAUUUCAAGAAGCACUGGAAAGGUUCUAUAAAAACAAAACAGGACACAUGAACGUGAAUGUGACCAUCAGCUCCGUUGAAGAAACAAUAUCUGAAACUGGAGAAUCACUUUGGAAAUUGCGCUAUCUUGUACUAGUCAACGGCCAGGUGUACCACCCUAAUAUCCUGAACAAAACAUCGAUGCACGAUAUUCAAACAUGGUUCAGUAUUACCUCAAAAUUUGGCAAGAAGUAUGAAGUUGAAACUCACAUUUCUACGAAGGAUAAAACUUCGUUGUUCUGUAUCGACAUGUCACACAAAGUUCAAAAGGAACGGGAUAGGGCAGAGGAAUUACUGAAACAGAUCUUUCUCAAGACAAAUCCAGAUUCAAACGAUGACUGCCUAUGCAUAUGCAUUAGUCAGGUGUUUUGA